UAGGAUCAGUAGUGAGAAAGCCGUGGUGGGAGGUGGACGUGUUGCAGGAUUUAUUGUGUUGUGUGUUUAAGGAUUGUGUGAAAUGAAGUGGUUUCUUGCGGUCGGCCUUUUCCUUGGUUGCGCGGAGCUUAGCCGGAGCAGCGCCAUAAGAUGUAAACCAGGGGACAACGACAAUUCAUGUAUCACAGAAUCUGCAGAUCAAGAGUUAAAAUUACCUGAUUUAGUAACGUACAUAGAGAUUGGGCCAGAGACAGAAUGUCGGCAUGGCAGUGUGUGGGACAGUAACUGUCACACGUGCCGUUGCUCAGAGAUGGGGCGGGCGGUCUGCAAGAGACAAGAGGGUUGCGACAAGGAAUAUGGUGAACCAUUAAGGUGCAAACCGAAUACAUCAUUCAAAAGAGCCUGCGGCACAUGCAUGUGUCUUGAAAAUGGGGUCGGUCUUUGCUCGAUGAAAGAAUGUGUGAAAAUAUCAAGACGUCCAAUUACUACGAAAUCCAAGGUCCCUUUCGGAAAGGAAUGCUUGCCCGGCACAGUGUGGACCAGUCGAUGCAAUGACUGCAAGUGUUCAGAGACAGGGUACCCUAGGUGUACACACAAUGACUGCCCAGGACAAGAAAACGAGCCAGAGUUGCUUUGUGAGCCAGAAUCAAUAUGGAACGAUGAUUGCAAUUCGUGUUGGUGCACGUCUGACGGGAUAGCGAUGUGUACGAGGAUUGGCUGUCCUAUAAAGCAGGUUGCAGAUUGGAGUGGGGGAUCAGUGAAGCCAAAAAUUGAGAGCCCCAUGUCGAAGUCGAGUACAAACACAACGAAAGCCGUUAUUUGCGCGGCAAACCGCAUGUUCAUAAAGGACUGUAACACAUGUUGGUGCAACGAAGACGGCACGAGUUUCUAUUGCACACGAAAAUCUUGUGUUAAUUUGUUUGAAGAAAAAAGCGUUAUCAAGAAUUUGCCCACACAAACACAAGUAUGUCGUCCAAACAGUGUGUAUGAAAUGAAUUGCAAUACAUGUUAUUGCAAUUCUAUGGGUACGUCAUCUCAUUGUACUCGGCGUGGAUGCCUCCCCGAAGAGAUUACUAAGAGUUCUGUCAGAAGAAACUUUACAGAGACACUCAAAACUCCUGUUGGAUUUAACGACACAACGAUUACAAAACUGCUUUCCGAAAUUCCAAUUAGAAUGAACGACACAGAGGUGCCAUUAAGGCUGAAACGAGCAUCAUCGCAGCAAAAAUCAAAUCCAGAUGACACAACGCAAUCAAGGGUUACUCCAAAUAUAAAGGGGACGCAGAAAAUCUGCAAGCCCGGCGUUGAGUUCAGGAUGGACUGCAAUAAAUGUUUAUGUGACAAUGAGGGACAAAACUUCUCCUGCACCAGGAAUGACUGCGCCGCUUUGAAUAGCAACGGCAACGGAGGAGAUAGGGCUAAGCGAGAAGUAAAAUCUCUAAAUCAAACAGACUGCACUCCCGGCAGUGUAUUUGAACAAGGCUGCAACGUGUGUCGAUGCACGUCAGACGGCAACCACGCUACCUGCACCAUGAAAAUGUGUCAAGAGGAAAGCACAGAUAACGAUAUAAAUGCACCAGAAUCCGACCCAAGUUUUCGUUGCAACCCAGGCGAACAGUUCAAACGCGGUUGCAAGGAUUGCACGUGCUCUGCUGACGGAAAGAGCGUUUUCUGCACAUUGCGCCUUUGCGAUCAGGACAUGAACCCGUCGCUGUAAUGCCUCUCUCCCUUUUCAAUCCAAAGUAGAUGCAUUUAUUUGUCUCUAUCGCUUCAAGAACAACUGUAAUUUAUACUUAUUUAAUGUAAUUUCGUACUGUAUUUUGUGUUUUGUAAAGGUUUCGUGCGGGAAUUGUAAGAACUAUUCGAGUAAUACGAAGAAGGUCUUCGAAGACUGUUCUUCUAUUAUAUUCGCUAUUUUUGUCAAAUAGUUAAUCAAGACCAUCAACACCAGUUAUCUUUGCUUUUUGUAGCAAUGAUAAUUGUCCUUUCAGAAAUCUUGAAAUAUAUUGUCAUUAAGGUAUAGUUUCGUAUUAUUGCAUUGUUGUAGUGACUACUUAUGUAAUAGACAAAUUUAGUUGCAUUUUUCGUUGCAGUAACAUUAAAAUGUAACGUUUUUAUUUGCUAAGUAGGUUUCAUUUUGCGUCUUUAAUUUAUAUAACAAUAUUCCUUUAUUUAAACGGGCUGGGCCUCUUAAAACUUAAUACAAGAUUUUAGAAUCUAUAAUAGUUUUUCGAUUGAUUUAUUUGCUUAUCAUUGGAUACGCGUAUCUUUUAAAGUGUUUCUUUGUAAGUAUUAGCAUACAUGUAAUCCUUUUUUAUAUGUAUGGUAUUAGUUCGUAAGAAUGGUGUUUUGUUUGUCAAUUUUACAGCAACAUUUAUAGUAUUUCAAACGAUGUUAAAUAAGGACUUAUUUAUCCAUACUUAUUCGUAAUUAUUUAAUAGUUUAUAGCGAUAAUUAUAAGUAAGGAGGUUUUUUGUAUGUAUACACCAAAAUUUCGAUAUAUUGCUCUCGUUGAAUUUAAAAUGUAAACAGGAUUUCAUUGAUCACUUCGAUUUAAAUAUGGAUUUAUUUCACUGGUUAUACGUUUCAACUAAAUUUUUUAAUAACUAUUGCUAAUUUUUUGUCUACAAGUUGUUUUCUUUUCAAUUAGUAGUAUUUUCACAUUGUAUUACCUAAUACGUAAUUAAACUUAAAGUAAAAUGAUCGUAUGGAUAAACUAUUAUAAUUAUG